AUGGCAACAGAGCCUGAUUCAAAUUUAUGCUCCGUCUGCAAUAAACUUUCAGCUAAAUAUUUCUGUACUGAAUGUACAAAACACUUUUGUGCGAAGCAUGUCAAAGAACAUGAACAGCAACUAUCGAUAAAAUUCGACAAUGAAAUAGUUCGAUCAAACAAUGAACUUCUUGCUCAAAUACACAAGUUAAAAAAAUCAAAAUUUGCGUCAUCUGAUCUUUUUACCAAAAUUCAACAAUGGAAAAAAACAACAAUCAAAAAAGUAGAAGAAGCAGCAGAACGAGCUACACAUGAACUCAAUAAUCUAAUCAAUAAACAAAGAAUACAAAUAACAAAAGAGCUUGAACUGAUCACAAUAGAAAUACGUUUGCGUCGAAAAGAAAAAGAUUUUGUUGAACAUAAUAUUAAUCGACUUAAACAAAAAAUUAAUGAACUACAACAAACACUUCAACAAUUGACGCAAAAUGAUACAACAAAAAGUAUCAUUGUUGAAAAUGAUCAGAUCGAUUGGAAUCGAAUUAUAUACAUCCAAGAAGAACAAUUAAACUGUGAGUACAUUGGAUCUAACAACAGUUUACUAGGACUUAUUUUUUCGAAAUUCACUGGAAGUUUUUAAAUAAUUCUGAUAGAUGCUUCUAUCGCGAAAUGUAUUAAGACUUAAGGAUAUCAGUAUUACGUAUUGUGAAUGAUUUGAAUAGCAAACUUGGUCAAAGAAUAAUAUUUUGGAAAUAGAUCCAGUAGGAUAUAGUUGUUCAAUAUUAUGUGACAGGGUUUUUAAUAAAGAUGUUCUUGUGAAAUAGUAGUCAAAGGAACGUUCAAAGUAAGAAUAAAAUGUGAAGUGAAUAAGUAUUGGUAGCAUAUACGUAUGAACUGAAAAAACAUGGCUAGAACCACUGAUCCAUUAGCUGUUAUUAUUUUCUUAUAAGAGUUUUCAUAACAGUGGCUAUCGAUAUAAAUCGAUUCUACCAUAUUUGUAACGAAUCUGUUCGAAAAAAGUAUCAAUCUGCUGAGUAAUCGAUUCAUAUUACGAAGUUAGAUGUAGGCAAAUGCGAAGAAAGAAAUAU